AAUCGUGAUAAAUAUUGCAAGUUUCAAAUGGCUGUGAAUAUACAAAAUGCCGCAUUUGGUUAUAAUAUUAAUAAUGUAAUUCUUAAUGAUUUAACGGUGCAAAUACCGAAAGGUAAAAUAUUUGCACUGUUAGGUCCAAACGGAACGGGAAAAACAACUAUAAUGCGUGUAAUAUUAGGACAAUUAAAAUUAACAUCAGGCACAAUUGAUGUUUUUGGGAAAAAACCUGGUUCAGUGGAUUCAGGUAUUCCCGGACCGGGUGUUGGAUAUAUGCCUCAAGAGUUGUCAUUAUUUGAUUAUUUCACAAUCGGAGAAAUACUCAAUUAUUACGGAAUGAUAUAUCAUAUGAAACGCGAGGAAAUUGAUAAAAACGUUAAUAAUUUACGAGAAUUAUUGCAUUUACCGGAAAAUUCUCGACUAAUUAGUCAAUUAAGUGGUGGACAACAGCGCCGGGUGUCGAUCGCCAUAACAAUGUUACACAAACCCAGACUCGUUAUAUUGGAUGAGCCAACUGUUGGUGUGGACUCUCUUCUCAGGCAUAGAAUAUGGAAAUACUUGGAGAAUAUGUGCAAUAAAUACGGCCAAACAGUGAUAAUAACGACCCAUUAUAUAGAAGAGGCCCGGAGUGCACAUAACGUGGCGUUUAUGAGAUCCGGCGCUGUAUUGAGACAAUCAAAUCCCCAACAAUUGAUGGAUGAAUACGAGUGCCCGACACUGGAGGACGUGUUC